CAGUCGCGCUUAAUACUCGGAUAUGCACGCAUCGAAUUCAACUUUCUCCAACAUGUUUGAGUUCCGGCGAGAAGAUCCCUGGACAGCUCAAGUGUAUUUGCUCACGUCGCCCUGGCCUGUGAUAUGCAUCUGUUCAGCAUAUUUGUUAUUCGUCUAUAGAAUCGGACCCCGAUUCAUGCAGAAUCGCAAGCCGUAUAAUUUGAAGAACGUAAUACUCAUCUAUAACAUCUGCCAGAUGAUCUAUAAUGCGACAAUGUUUCUUUUGAUUUUCUAUUACAUUUUCAUCGUUAAUGUAUACGAUAAAAGCUGCAUGGAGACCCUUAAGCUGGACAGUCCGAUAAAGUCGGUGGAGCGCUGGAUUAGCUAUGCCUUCUUUAUCAACAAGAUAUUUGAUCUGCUGGAUACGAUAUUCUUUGUGCUGCGCAAGAGCUACAAGCAGAUCACAGUGCUCCAUGUGUACCAUCAUGCAAUGAUGGUCUUCUGCAUGUAUUGGGUAAUACGAAUGUACGGUGUCGGCGGCCAAUACUCCACGAUGGGACUAUGCAAUUCGUUAGUGCACUUCACUAUGUACUUCUACUACUUCGUGUCGGGCCUGCGACCGGAAAUGAAGGCGAGCUUAUGGUGGAAGAAGUAUAUAACUAUCACACAAAUUAUACAGUUCAUGAUAUAUUUAGUUCAAAGCAUUAUAGUCUUACUAUAUAAUCCCAGCUGCCAAUUUCCGUUAUUCAUGCAAUGGCAACAGAUAUUUCAGUCAACUGUCAUGAUAGUCAUGUUCAGCAAUUUCUAUUACAAAGCAUAUGUCAAGCCAAAGAAAAGAACUGAAUAA